GCACAAAUAAAAUAUAAUAAGGUCCAUUUUCUGUACCAUCCACCUAAUGUUAUUUAACAAUAAUGUAAAUUAAAUACGUAUUAUUAAUUUAUUACCGUCAUCUGAUUCCAUGAGGAUUCAAAAUUUGAAAAUUUCAAACUCAUGAGCUAUGGUUAUACAUGUGUACCUUUCACCCCCUUUCAGACUGGCAGAAAUGAAAUCGGCUUCUGCGAUUUCAGGGGUAAAGCUGAACCCUGUGUCUUCAACAGUUGAGAAGGAAAGGGAAUCAAGAGUAUUUUUGAAAAGCAGAGCAGACUCUGGUGUUCCGGGAGCAAAGAAGGAAUUUCAAAUGGAUGGUCUUGAACCUGGUCCAGGAUUUGAUUUUUCAGGGGUCAAAUCUGAGCCUACUACUAAAAUAUCAGAAGUGAAAAGGGAUAAGGAGUCUAUCCAAUCAAACUCGACGUCUGUUUUGGGUGCGAAAUCCGAUUCUGGAGCGAAGGAAAAGGAACUUCCCAGACUGUACGGACCAGAAGCGCGGAAGGAAAAGGAACGUGUACAUUCCGACUCUUCGGCUUUGGAAGGUAGAAAGGAGAAGGAGAAGGACUUCGUCAAAUCCUAUUCGGCCAUCUUAGCAGUCAAAGCGGACUCUGGCAUAUCACAAGGGAAGAGGGAAAGGAAUGCUAUCAAGGCAGAGUCGGGCGUUUCAGAUGUGAAGAAGUUGAGUCGUAGGAAGUCGGGAGCGGUGGAGGUGGGAGCCAGCUCAUCACCGACGCUUCACGGUAGUCGAUCGUCGUCAUCGGAGGAAGAGACACAGCUGCGGCCGUCGGAUCCUUCUGUGAAAAAGAAGGGUAAGCACCCCGAACCUAGGUCUACGAAGUACAAUGCCACUGUAAACCCUUUGUUUCAAAAAAGCCAUUCGGAUAAUUCCCAAGUCGAUCGCAGAGAAUUGGCACGCAGGAUAGCUUCACUCUUGUACAAUCACGGUGAGGAGACCCUCAGCAGUAGAGAUAUUUCACGUCGAAGGGCAACGGAUUCUCAGGCAGCAGCAACCCGCUCUGUGGACGAUGCACAGAUGCGCAGGUUUGUUACAGGCCAUAAAAAUCCGCUUGGCUCCUCCUUGACACAGAAGGAUGAAAAUAACCAAUACAAAAGUUUGCUGCUGUCGCAAAUACCUAAUCCCAAUGCGCAGCAGCAGAAGCGUGGGACGACUUCUGUCCACGAUGCUGCCGAGGGCUCGUCAAAGAGUCCUCGGGGGUCACUGAUGAAAACUCAGCCGAGAACGACAGAAAUUGUCGGUUCCGUCGCAGCUGCAGCGACUGCAGUCGACGGAACUAAAUCCCUUGCCUCUUCUGGCCACAGUGCUGCAGGACAUGACCUGCACAGAGAUAACCGGCCUCCCAACGUCGACAAUUCUUCAAACCGCCCAUCUAGCAUGGACUACUCUCCCGCUUCCAGCAUCUCUGGGGCUUCUUCCCAAGCCCAUCCUCCAUCUCCCGAUUUGAAGAAGCUUGGGUCAUCUGAUCCUCCACCUGCAGCUCCCAAGCUCGACGCUGUCAACAUCGCAGCAAAGCUUGAGCAAAGUCAAAGUCAAAGGUCCAGCGGCUCGCGUAUUGACGCACCUGGUCCUGCUAUUGUCAAACAUGAGUCUACAAGCAUUGUGGGAACAAAGCAGAAGCAAAGCCAAAAACCUAGUAAUGUCCAGAAGGAGGCAGACGCAGCUGCUGUACUUUCCAAGCUUCACACAUCAAAGCACAGGCAGAGUCAACAGCAGUCCUCUAGUCCAAAAACAGAAGCUACGCGUGGCGUCAAAGAACAGGUUGCGAUCCUUUCACAAAUUUUGGAAGACCGUUCGGAGUUACGGAGAGAGAAUGUUUCUGGCGCUGCAGUGAAGGGCACGCCUGCAGUUAAGUUUGCUGAUCCUCAUGUCAAAUCUUCCAGCGCUGGUGCCGAGGACAAGGACGGCACCACAGCAAAGACGGAGCUAAGGCAUGAAAAGAGUGUGUUAGGUGCACAGCAGGUUCUCCCUGCAGCAGCCGAAGGCGGUAAGACCCCUCCUUCACAAGUUUUGGCCAACGCUCCUGAGUCGGAGCCACCACCAGCUGCUGCUGCUACUGCCACUCUAGAGGAGGCUGAGCGUGCCAAGCAGCAAAGCCUGUCUGAAACCUCGAGCAGCGAUGACAGCUCGCUUUUUGGCGGCUCGAGCGCAGCUGCUGCCUGUACCGAGCCCACAGGGACAGUCAUCGCGAAACCUGCAGCGACUGGCCAAGAUUCCAGCAGGCUUCUGCAUGAACUACAUCACCUAGAGGAGAGUUCUCAGGCGGGGCUCGACUCUGGCGGCGUGAGGCAGUCCAGCAACCACCUUCCUCCCAGUAACAGGCGCAAGGAUGCUGAUGUCAGACCCAGCGGCGAAAGUCGUCCUCCCGAGUGCUCCAGCGAGGGACGUCCCAGCCUUGGAGGGGAAAUUCAGAAGCCUGACGCCGCUGACGGUGCGAAGCCCGUCCACAAUAAGGGAACAGCUCGGGUGGACGAAAACCGGGAAAGAGGCACCAGCCAUGUCUAUUCUAGCUCCGGGAAGAUGGAUCUGACUAUCAUUGAAGUUGAUGGCAGGGAGGAACUUCAAGGCCAUGUGGCAAGUUCGCUCGUGAAACGUCAAAUGCCCUCGGGCUGGAGCGAGGUUGCGAUGGGAACCGAGAGCAAUUAUGGCCGUUCGUCACCCGAACGGCAUUCUCCUACUUCUCCUACCAUGUUGGGGAUGAAGGGGGAACAGAGCAAGAGGGCAUCUGUGAACAUGCUUUCAGAAGGAGGUGAUCGGCAUGGUGGUGAUACGUCGGCGAUUGACCGUGACGAAUCUGGACCAGCACUGCGUCACAAACUGGACGAUCAUGACCGUUCGGUUCCGACGAUCAAGCAUGAGGACCGAUACAUCGUUGUAUCCGAUGAGAAGUUGAGGGCGAACGAACACCACCAUAAGAAUGAGGAGAAAACCAAAGUGGCAAUUGGGUCUAAGGACAGUGAGGCAAAGAAACAACAGUCCUCUCGGAAGGAUUCAGGGCAAAGAACGCAAGUCCGUGGUAGUGGAAGCAAGGGCAAACCAGAAGUCAGCGGAAGACUGGAAGGCGAUAUGAGAAGGGAGGAGCAAAGCGGAGUUCAUGAACCAGGUAAUGGUAGUGCGGGGCCGGAAAAACAGCAAGUAGAGAGAGGAGAGGUGGAGGGAGAGGUGGAGGGAGAGGUGGAGAACAAGGUGCACAGACAAGCAGGCAAUGAUAGCAUGCAUGCGGAGAAGCACGGUGAAGCCCGAGAAGGAGAGACGGAAAAGGAAAUGCACAAACAGAAGGAACCUGUGACAAAUGAGGCAGACGGAGAAGCCGGGUCGGAAAAGAAGAUGCAUGAAGACACAUGCCAGCAGCAUAAAGGUGGUCUGAUUGAAGCAGACUCUAAUAAGACUGAUAGGGGCAUAGUAGAUAACCUGCAUACGAAGGGAAAGGAACAUGAUGACGAAUUUCAUGAUGGAAGGAGAACCAUGAAGACAGGAAGAACAGAAGCUAUGGGGAAGACGAUGGAAAAGACGGUGGAAGAGACAUGCCCGUCCAGCACGUCAUCCACUGCGGGGGAAGGGGAAAGGGAUGUGAGGGAUUGUCGUGUCGAUCAAGAGGUCGAAAAUGAUGCCCUCAUGCAUAUGGCUAUAAUUGACUCGGGCGACAAAAUAGGCGGGCCAUUGAAGGGAGGCAGUGAAGAUGAGGGAGGUAGUGAAAAUGUCUCUCUUCGCCUUCAAGUUGUCGAGUGUGUUUCAUCCAAAAGUCCAGAGAGUACCGAGGCUGGUCAUGGACAGGAAAUCCAGCCCGUCCAUGCGAGAGAUCGGACGGCAAGCGUGAGUCAAGGGACAGGCGGUCCCACUUCAGAUGCACCUGCUCUUGCGACAACUUCUUCAUUGGGACACAAGAGCAGUUUUGAUGGCGACGCAAAAGAAGGUCAACCAACGGUUACAGGUGUUAAGCCAGCAGGUGAACCUGGUCAAAAACCAAUGGCUGAAUCUGCCUCAUUCGUGAGUCCGGGAGUGGUGAAAGGAAGCCAACCACAGAUCAAAGCGCCGAGUCCUCGGGGAGAGAAAGGAAGGCAUCCACUGGCAGAGAUAAAACCUGAUGCAACUGCGAGUCCUGGAGACUCGCCAUCGACGCAAAGGCGGCCAGAGGAGCCCAAAGCUGACAGACCAGCAGUUCAACCUGAGCGACCGAUGGUUAAAUCUGUGGCAGUGGUGGAAGGAAGGCAAACAGAGAUUCAAGAAGAUCAAGCGGCCGCAGUUCUAUCUGAUAGAUUGGCAGUAAGAUCGAUGUUUGCGGUGGGUCCUAGAGUAAUGAGAGGGGGCCAUCAGCGGGUCGUUGCUCUUGCCGAUAGCAGUAUUCCGUCGGACCGAGAUGCAAGUUCCGAAGAAAGCGAGGACAUAAGUGCAAUGCGAUCCGGCUCCAUAGAUAUGAGCGACAACUCUUCUACAAACUCUAGCUGGCUCACUACGCAAAGCUGUGAAGGCAGGGGGUGCACCGCGGCGACUACUAUACACAUUGAAUUGUCAUCUACCAAUUUGGAAGAAGAUGAUGCUACCACAGAUCAAACGGAUAGUUUGCCGAUCAGUGAUUGCCCUCUGUCAAUGAUUCGCGAUGAAUGCGGGGGUGUGCACGGAAUUCGGCCGUGCAUUGCUGCUGGAUGCUUAAGGUCAGUGCAGGUUCAGGAUUGUUGUGUGGACAUGCUCCUGUGCAACAAACAUGCUGCCACCGCGGAGACUCGAACACUGGAUCAUUCAAUUUUCGCUGAACACAAUAGUGGCAAUAGCCGAGGUUACCGUACUAGUCGUAAGGAGGGAGAAGCCACCAUGGACGGGUCCAUUCUCCUCAAAGACCAGGACAAAGAGCGGAGUACUCAGGAUCCGUUUGGUCCAGCUGCUGCAGCUGCUGGGUGUGAAAACACUAACCAGCUGAAUGUGGCGCCACGUCACCCUCAGAAGCAGCUUCCAGAUCAUCAAAACCUUACUGUUGACGUCAACCGUAGCACGGCAUGGGGAAGAGGCUUCUCACAAUCAAGUGAUGGUGAUGAAGUCAUCGUGGCCCAAGUACCACCGUGCACUUCUCCAAAGCAUAAAACAAGGCAUGGAGAACAGAAGGAGGACCAGUACAGAGGAGUCUGCGAUAUGACAUGCAUUUAUUCAUUGGUCAGUCCAAGGGAGGGAUCAGUCGACGGGAGAUCACCGCUUCGAUUCAGCUUAGCUCGCAGUGGCCAAGGCAACAAGGCCAUGUGCGAUAAAAAUAUAUCGCCACCAAGACACUGGGAGCACAAUACGACGCUGAAUCCAUCCGCAACAGGCGUAGAGAAGGGUCUGGAGCUCGUCAGCAAAGGUCUACUCUUCAGGCAAGCAAGCCAGACGGAAAAAGACAGAAGGGCACCGAAGGGUUUGGCUAUGCAGCAGCUCCUGCGGCAAGGCACAUCGGUUCCAGCGGCAGGUUACAAGCUGAGAUGUGAGCCUAGAAUUGCUGCCAACCUUAAGACGGUUAACGACGACCAAGGACUGGAGCGAAGAGAGGGCGGCACUGUACUCGAGGACGAGGGAGUGCUUGAGGAGGGCAUCACACCGAAUCGCGGUUCUCCCGAAGGGGUUGUGAAGCUAAGGUGGGGAAUGGUUGCACUCAUCGUCGGAGUGAUGGCGGUGGCAACGUAUAAAACUCUGCGAACCUGGAGCUGAUGCUCAAAGCGCUCAAAGCCCGUGAAUGCGUGCAUUGGUACGCUCGGAGAAAAAGCCUGUGAAUGCUUGCACUACUCACUCUUGCAGGCCCGGCGCUGAUGACAGAGGAUUCAACUGCUUAAAGCGCCAUUGCCUCUGACAAGGGGUUUUGGGGAUUAUGGAGCGCUCUGUGGGACUCUGAGACAGAACGAGGGCGCAGAUAAGGACAGUAUGUCGUGAAUUUUCGCACCUACUACCGGUAGUUAUGAUAUCGAAUAAAAUUUAAUGGAUUCU